CUUCCACUCAUCACAAGCUCCUCCCACUUUGAACCCGCCAACGUGUUUCCCUCCCCCCACCAACCGACGACGGAGCGAAACUUAAGCCUGUACAUACUUUAUACACGGCUAUAACCUCUGCUAUUCAGAUUCGGGUCAAUCAAUUAUCGUCAAGAUGUCCUUCGGAGGCCAAACGCCGACGAUUAUCGUCCUCAAGGAAGGAACCGAUACUUCCCAGGGCAAGGGACAGAUCAUCUCCAACAUCAAUGCCUGUCUCGCCGUCCAGGCUACAAUCAAGUCCACUCUAGGUCCUUACGGCGGUGACCUUUUGAUGGUUGAUGAGAAUGGCCGACAAACUAUCACCAACGACGGCGCCACCGUGAUGAAGCUUCUCGAUAUCGUCCACCCCGCCGCAAGAAUUCUCGUCGAUAUUGCUCGAUCGCAAGACGCCGAAGUCGGUGAUGGAACCACAUCAGUCGUUGUCCUCGCCGGUGAGAUCCUGAAGGAGGUCAAGGAGCACGUUGAGCAGGGUGUUAGCUCUCAGAUUAUCAUUAAGGGUCUGAGGAGGGCAUCUCAGAUGGCUGUCAACAAGAUCAAGGAGGUUGCUGUUAGCACAAACGAGGGCAACCGCCGUGAUACUCUUAUCAAGCUGGCUUCUACUGCCAUGACAAGCAAGCUGAUCAAGAGAAAUACUACAUUCUUCACCAAGAUGGUUGUCGAUGCUGUCUUGUCCCUUGACCAGGACGACCUCAACGAGAAGCUCAUCGGCAUCAAGAAGAUCCCUGGUGGUUCCCUGACCGACUCACUCUUCGUUAACGGUGUCGCCUUCAAGAAGACCUUUUCCUAUGCCGGUUUCGAACAACAACCAAAAUCUUUCGAGCAACCCAAGAUCGUAUGCCUGAACGUCGAGCUGGAGCUCAAGGCCGAGAAGGACAACGCCGAGGUCCGUGUUGAGCAGGUUUCUGAGUACCAGGCAAUCGUCGAUGCGGAGUGGCAGAUUAUCUACAAGAAGCUUGAGGCAGUCUACAAGACUGGUGCUAAGGUUGUGCUCAGCAAACUGCCCAUUGGUGACCUGGCCACACAAUUCUUCGCUGAUCGAGAUGUCUUCUGUGCUGGUCGUGUGGCUGCUGAUGAUAUGGAGCGUGUUGUCCAGGCUACUGGUGCUGUUGUUCAAUCAACAUGCUCCGAUAUUCUGCCCGAGCAUCUGGGUACCUGCGGCAAGUUCGAGGAGCGCCAGAUCGGUGGUGAGCGUUUCAACUUUUUCGAGGACUGUCCCGAGGCCAAGACUUGCACCCUCGUCCUCCGUGGUGGUGCUGAGCAGUUUAUUGCUGAGGUUGAGCGAUCCCUGCACGAUGCCAUCAUGAUCGUUAAGCGUGCCAUCCGAAACCAUCUCAUUGUCGGUGGCGGCGGUGCUGCCGAGAUGGAAGUUUCAGCAUACCUUCACCAGUUCGCUGAUAAGAACAUCUCCACCAAGCAGCAAGCUAUUAUCAAGUCUUUUGCCAAGGCUCUUGAGAUCAUCCCUCGCCAGCUUUGCGACAACGCUGGUUUCGAUGCCACUGAUAUUCUCAACAAGCUCCGUGUUGCGCACCGAAGGGGUCAGACAUGGGCUGGUGUUGAUUUCCAGAACGAGGGCGUUACUGACAUGAUGGAGCAAUUUGUCUGGGAGCCCGCUCUUGUCAAGAUCAACGCUAUCCAGGCUGCCACCGAGGCCAGCUGCCUCAUCCUUGGAGUCGACGAGACUAUCCGCAACGAGGAGAGUGCUAAGCCUCAGGCUCCUGGUCAGCUGCCGCCGGGUGCUGCGCAGCGUGCUCUGCGGGGCCGUGGACGUGGCAUGCCCCGAAGGUAAAGGGAGAGAAUUAUAAUGAAAGAUGGAGCAUGAUCAAGGGUUAAAAUGGAAAACUUGGCUUAUCCUGAAAACAUAGACUUGAAAAGUGGGAGGAGCAGUAUUUGGCCGAGGGGCUGGAAGAUCUGUAUGAUACCUAGACUUAUCUGACCUCUGAAACUUGAUGACCUCUAUCUACUAUAUGCCAAGAGCUGGUGAAUGUGAGUCGCACUGGAAGAACUGUCCGG